AUGAGAAGUCUUUAUGGUAUUUUGGGCAUUUCAUUUCUAUUUCUUUUCUCCGAGAAUGCUCUUGGGUUGUUCUGCUAUUCGGGAUGGCAAAAUUUCAGCGAGGAGCCUCCAGUCGAUAAUGUGAGCCUUGUUGAGUGUCUGCCCCAUCACGAGUGCUGUUCGGUGGUGAGUUCUCUAAACGGUGCACAUUAUGAUUGUUAUGAGGAGUGUCCGGAUAGUUCAUUCCACAAAUGCGGCCCCGAUCCGAAACUUGGAAUUCAGGAUCUCCAUUACUGUUAUUGUGCCAAUGAGACGGAUCCCGAUUGUCGACCAUAUCUCGGGGAAAAGACUACUGUG